GUGUGACAACCCUAGUUUAAGUGGAAAAGUGGACUUUUCAAUCCAUAAUGACCACGAUUGCAGAUUUAUUUACUAAAUAUAAUUGCACAAAUUGCCAGGACGACAUCCAGGGUAUCCGUGUGCAUUGUGCAGAGUGUGAAAAUUUCGAUUUGUGCCUGCAAUGCUUCGCGUCUGGUGCAGAGAUCGGAGCACAUCAGAACAAUCAUGCCUAUCAGUUCAUGGACACUGGCACCUCCAUACUGAGUGUGUUCCGUGGCAAGGGAGCCUGGACGGCCCGCGAGGAGAUUCGUCUGCUGGAUGCCAUCGAACAGUACGGCUUCGGCAACUGGGAGGACAUCAGCAAACACAUUGAGACCAAGUCGGCGGAAGAUGCCAAAGAGGAGUAUGUAAAUAAAUUCGUCAAUGGCACAAUAGGCCGAGCCACUUGGACGCCGGCCCAGUCGCAGCGUCCGCGUCUCAUCGACCACACAGGCGAUGAUGACGGUGGUUCGCUGGGCUCCAGUGCCAUGGCCAGUCUGCCACCUCUAGAGAUCAACUCCGAUGAGGCGAUGCAGCUGGGCUACAUGCCCAACAGGGACAGCUUUGAGCGCGAGUACGAUCCCACAGCCGAGCAGCUGAUCUCCAACAUUACGCUCAGUUCAGAGGACACCGAGGUGGAUGUUAUGUUGAAGCUGGCUCAUGUGGACAUUUACACGCGACGUCUUCGCGAGCGUGCCCGCCGCAAGCGAAUGGUGCGCGACUAUCAGCUGGUCUCAAAUUUCUUCCGCAACCGCAACUAUGCCUUGCACCAAGGCCUCACCAAGGAGCAGAAGGAGUUUCGGGAUCGGUUUCGUGUCUACGCUCAGUUCUACACUUGCAACGAGUACGAGCGUCUGCUGGCCUCCCUGGAGCGCGAGAAGGAGCUGCGGAUCCGGCAGUCGGAGCUGUAUCGCUAUCGCUACAAUGGUCUCACCAAAAUCGAUGAAUGUGUUCACUUCGAGCAGCAUGCGGCAAUGGCAUCACACCGAUCAACAGGACCCUAUGGUCAUGGCAAGACUGACCUCACGCAGCCCUCCAAUGGAAAUCUUCGGCCGCCAAGCUCUUCCUUGCUCUCCCCACAACCGAAUCUCAGAAAGGCCGAAAUGUCAAGCGGCGCCGAGGCAAGCUCAAGUUCAAUCGCACCAAGAAACACGCACCACACCGUCGACCCGACCUGCUCCGGCGCAUUAUUGCCCAGCAGAAAUUACUUGGAUAACUGUCGGGUAUCGUCGGCAGCUACGAUGAUGCUGCCGACAACAACAACUGGGACGGAGAUGGUGACAGGGACGGGGACGGGGACGACGUUGGACUCGGUCACAACGGGAGCGACGACGGGAGCGAUUUCCACGGCUACGACGAUGGCAGCGCAGGCGAAUCUGCCAACGACAUCAGCGAAGGGAAGCCCACAACUUCAGCAGCAGCUGCAGCAUCUAUCACUGCCCAAAAACAGCCAGCAACUGCAUCAAAGCGAGGUCGUAGGCAGCGGCGGAAGCUAUAACACAUCCGAGGAGCCGGCGGUGCCCAGCAUGAGCUUUAAAUUGCGCACUCAACUAGAGGAGCUUAAACACCUGCCACAGCCGCUGGGCAGCAAUCUGCUGACCCACAACGAGCAGGAUUUGUGCAAGAAACUCAAUAUAACACCCACCACCUACCUCUCCCUUAAAACGGUCUGUCUGAGUGGUGCGCCAUCGUUGGGCAGCCCCAUGGAAAUCUCACUGCGGAAGUUCUUUAUCAAAUGCGGCUGGCUGAGCCAUUGAGAGUGUCCCAUCUGCCGCCCCCAGGCAAACACACAUUUAAACUGACUUAGGGACUUCACUUUUAUUUUGGAAAGCGUCGUUUAGUAUGUAUAAAUUAUAAAAAGACAAUUUUCGACUGUUCAACAUUUGUUGCCAUCAUUUGGAGGUGAAACAACAACAAACAAA